AUGAGAAGUUUAAGUAAAAUAAUUGUGCUAAUUAUCAUUGUUUAUGGAAUCUGUGAGGAGCUACCGAAAGGAAUAACAACAUGCAGUAGAUCCGAUGAAAAUUUCAAUAAGUGCUUAUCGAGUGCCAUUCAGGAAGCUCUCGUUAUUUUGAAGGAUGGAAGUCCAGAAUUUGAUCUACCGAAAAUUGAGCCAUUCACGAUCACACAACAUACAGAUUCGGAAGCAAUUGGUGCUACUCCAAAUUUCUAUCUCAAAUCAUCCUUAAAAAAUGCUGAAAUUCGGGGAUUAACGGCCGGGAAAGUCUUAAGGACAGCAACAAAAUUUGAUAAAGGCUAUAAAAUUAAGAUUGAAUCGGAAUUCGAUAAAAUUUCAAUAAUCGGAAAUUACACGAUGAAUGGAAAGAUUUUGGUACUUCCAAUAAAUGGAGAAGGUGAAUGCAACAUAACAUUUGUAGACACAAUGGUACGCGUUGAGUCACAUGGUAGGUAUUUAACUAAGAAUGGUGAGACAUACAUCGACAUCCAAGAAUUUAAGAUUAAAAUCAUUCCAAAACGUGUCUUGUACAAUUUUGAGAAUCUGUUCAAAAAUGACAAGCAAUUAAGUGACACAAUAAAUUCAGUCAUGAAUCAACAAUGGCAAUUGGUUACUGACAAUUUAUUGCCAGGAUACGAAGAAAAGUUUGGUGAACAGCUUAUCGGAGUUUGCAAUAAAAUUUACCACAACGUUCCAUUCAAUAAGAUUUUUCGAGAGUAGAACUGAAACUAGUUUCUACAAAUGAUUUACAUCUAAUA